ACAUUGUUGCGAAGAGAUCUGAUGAUCCUACAAUACAGAGAAGCAGUCCCUGUGUGUUAAGAGGAUCCUGCAAGACCCAGAGCUCCAGCACAGUGUGUCCAUCUCACUCACUGAUACAAGAGGGAAACAAUGAGCAGAACAUCCUGGAACUGACCAAUCAGAUCAUCCACCUGCUGACUGGAGAGGUUUGGAAGUAUUUGAAAGGGCAAAAUGAAACUUACAAGGAAGUGAUGGAGAGUCACCAACCCCUCAUCUCCUUGGUAGAUGAUUCCAUAAUGAGAGAUGAAUUGUAUACUUCAGUUUCUUCUGCGGGUUAUAUAACUGAAGAUUCCAUCACAAUUAAUAAAAAAAUAGACUGUUUGGCAGUCAGUACACCAAGCAGUAAAUCACAUAAUGAUUAUCAUGAAAUCACAGAAUCCGAAGAAGUAAAUUUCAUAGACAUUAAUUCAUCCAUAGAACCUAUACAGACUGAAGAUCCAUCCUCUGAUAUUAAGGAGGAAUCAGACUCGUGUGACGAAGGAAAUCUCCCAGACACAGACAUUUAUAUACCCACAGACGAUGCACCGAUAGAAUACCCAUCUACUCAUAUUAAGGAGGAAUCCGACUCGCAUGAGGAAGGAAGUCUCCCAGACACAGACAUUUAUACAACCACAGAAGAUGCACCGAUAGAAUAUAUUUCUACUCAUAUUAAGGAGGAAUCCGACUCGUAUGAGGAAGGAAGUCUCCCAGACACAGACAUUUAUACAACCACAGAAGAUGCACCGAUAGAAUAUAUUUCUACUCAUAUUAAGGAGGAAUCAGACUCGUGCGAGGAAGGAAAUCUCCCAGACACAGACAUUUAUACACCCACAGAAGAUGCACAGAUAGAAUAUCCAUCUACUUAUAUCAAGGAGGAAUCCGACUCAUUGGAAGAAACACAUGUUGUUGAAGCUGCCAUUUAUACAAUCGAUAGAGAUAUACAAAUGGACUAUACAUCAAAGUGUCAAUCAGCAUCAAAUGAAAAACCAACUCUCAUGAACACGGAUAUUUAUAUACACACAGGCCAAACACAGACAGAAUAUCCACCUGACCUUAUUAAGGAAGAAUCAGCCUCAUGUGAAGCCAGCACUCUCACGAUCACCAAGGUCUAUACACCCACAGGAGAUAAGCAGAUGGACUAUACAUCAAAUAAUGAAUCCCCAUCCCCAUCACCUAAACAAGGAAAUCUCAGAGAAGCUAAAAUGUACACACCCGCGGAACAUCCACAGACCAAAUAUCCAUCUGCUCGUAUUAAGGAGGAAUUAGCCUCAUGUGAAGAUGGAAAUCCCCCUACUUUGGACCUUCUUACCCCCAUGUGUCAUAUUGGAAUUCAAAAUAAAGGAAAUAGUUACUCCUUUGAUGGUGCUAAGGCUUCAUCUACCAAUUCAGAGCUUGUUAAACAGAAGAGUGUCAACAAAGGAAAUAAAUUGACUAGUACAGAUUACAUUAGACGUGAGUGUUUUAAGCAGAAAUCACAUUUUAGAAGACAUAGAAAAGCUCCCAAAGAAGAGAAGACAAUUUCUUGUUCUGAAUGUGGGAAAUGCUUCGCUCAAGUGACAAAUCUGAAAAUACAUCAGAGGAUUCACACAGGAGAGAAACCGUUUUCAUGUUCAGAAUGUGGGAAAUGUUUUAGUGAUCUUUCAAAUUGUAAGCGUCAUCUGCAGACUCACACAAGAGAGAAACCAUAUUCAUGUUCAGAAUGUGGGAAAUGUUUUAGCAACCUUUCAAAUUUUAAGCGUCAUCAAAAGAUUCACACAAAAGAGAAACCAUUUUCAUGUGCAGAAUGUGGGAAAUGUUUUAGUGACCUUUCAGGUUUUAAGCAUCAUCAGAAGGUUCACACAGGAGAGAAGCCAUUUUCAUGUUCAGAAUGUGGGAAAUGUUUUAUUGAUCUUUCAAAUUUUAAGCGUCAUCAGAAGAUUCACACAAGAGAAAAACCAUAUUCAUGUUCAGAAUGUGGGAAAUGUUUUAGUGCCAUUUCAAGUUUUAGACAUCAUCAGAAGAUUCACACAGGAGAGAAACCGUUUUCAUGUUCAGAAUGUGAGAAAAGUUUUAUUAACAUUUCAAAUUUUAAGCGUCAUCAGAAGGUUCACACAAGCGAAAAACCAUAUUCAUGUUCUGAAUGUGGGAAACGCUUUAUUGACCUUUCAAAUCUUAAGCAUCAUAUGAAGAUACAUACAGGAGAGAAACCAUUUUCAUGUCCAGAAUGCGAGAAAUGUUUUAAUGAUCUUUCAAAUCUUAAGCGUCAUGUGAAGAUUCACACAAGAGAGAAACCAAUUUCUUGUUCUGAAUGUGGGAAAUGCUUCACUCAAAUAUCAGAGCUUAAGAAACAUAUGAGGAUUCACACGGGAGAGAAACAAUUUUCUUGUUCUGAAUGUGGGAAAUGCUUUGCUCAAAUGUCAAAGAUGAAGAAACAUAUGAGGAUUCACACAUGAAUGAAUUAUCUUGCUAAGAACAUAGAAGGAUCUUUUAAUUUAACACUUCUUACAUUUCAGAGGAUUCACACUGGGUAGCAUUUUUUUUUUUAG